AUGGCAACGCCGGCAAUGGCCUCCACGAAGAGUUUUUCCGACAAUUAUAUGGUGCUGACGCACCAAGAUGCCGGUUUACAUGAUCUCAUCCGGAUCUUAUUUCACAGUGAUAUAGAGAAGAGGAAAUUCGUUGAUUCUCCUCGGGGGACAGAAGAAAGCUUUAAAUACAGGUGGCUGAUAUUUGUGUCCAUUUUGGUGCAGAAAAUUCUGCAGUUAGUGGCUGGGCCAUUGGCGUGGUUUGGAAACUUGGUGGAGAUGUGGCUGAAUCUUCUGUCUUGUAACCGGAACGCCAGUGUCCUGCUGUUGAAUGUCAUGAGAGGGAAGGUAGUGAUGCCAGAUAAAAAUUCAGAAACAUUCUUGUCAUUUAUUGGGAAUCUCGACAAGCGGGUGGAAUUAGACAAAAACAUCAAACAUGGUGAUAUCAGAUACUAUGGGGCACUCUCAAUGAUGGCUUCUAAAGCAUCCUAUGAGAACAAAGCCUACAUUGAAACUACAGUCAAUGACCACUGGAAGAUGGAGUUCUUGGAUUCCUAUGAUUUUUGGAAUGAGUACCAAAAGAAAGCUACGACACAAGCGUUCAUUCUUCGCGAGAAGAAUGUCAACUCGGAAAUGAUCAUUGUGGCGUUUAGGGGCACUGAAAGCUUUGAUGCAGAUGCAUGGUGCACCGACUUCGACAUCUCUUGGUACAAGCUACGUGACAUUGGGAAGGUGCAUAGCGGUUUUACAAAGGCCCUGGGCAUGCAAAACAAGGCAGAUUGGCCUGAGGACAUCUCGUGGGCUGAUGACAAACCGGCCCCGGCAUACUAUGCCAUUAGGAAAUUACUGAUAGGGCUUCUACAGGGAAAUGAUAGAGCAAGGUUUAUAUUGACUGGUCACAGCUUGGGUGGUGCCCUGGCAAUAUUGUUUCCAGCAGUUUUAGCAUAUCAUGGGGAGAAGUGGGACUGGUUGUUGGAGAGAUUAGAGGGUGUUUACACAUUUGGACAACCAAGAGUUGGAGAUGAGCAAUUUGGGGAGUUUAUGAAGAAGAAACUUGAAAAGCAUAAGGUUAAGUAUUACAGGUUUGUGUAUGGUUAUGAUAUGGUUCCUAGGUUGCCUUAUGAUGGCACCACACUUAUGUUUAAGCACUUUGGGACUUGCAUAUACUUCAACAGCUUCUAUGAAGGCAAGGUGGUUGGAGAACAGCCAAACAAGAACUACUUCUCACCAUCGUCAUACAUACCCAAGAUCAUAAAUGCAGCUUGGGAACUCAUUAGAAGCCUCAUUAUUCCUUACACCAAAGGACCAGGGUACAAAGAAGGGUUCCUUCUUCUAGUGGUCCGGUUAAUCGGAUUGGUAAUUGCAGGUGUACCGGCUCAUUCGCCCCAAGAUUACGUGAACGCAACGCGUUUGUGAUCCUCAAAUGUUUACGUCCUACUAGAUGACCAAAGCCAUCAACAAACCUUGAGGGAAAAACGAUCGCUGGGGCUACAUUUUCGUGCAUACCCUCAACACAAUUGGCAUUUCAGGGGGAUCAGAAACUCGUCAUAGGAUAGCGCAAAUGAUUUUUGGGGGUUUAUGAGGGAUGUCUAGUAAGUCACUUGCCAAAACGUUUGUGGACUAGAAAAACCUGGCGUGUAUUGCAGUUUCAUAUCAAAGACUCAAUUUUUCUCAACGUGAAUUGAACCUGAAUUUCUGGGCC